ACGUGACAUACGGAUGCGGAAGUACAGUGGACUGUUAUUUUGCUAAUCACAGUAGCUCGGAUGCUAGCAACGUCAACGGAGCGCCCUCUUAUUUUAUUUACCCUGUGACAGCUAACGAGUGAACAACACCCAUGGUCAGGAUGACGCAGAAGCACUGCCUGGAGGGCCAGGUGUACUCAGUGCCGCUCAUCCAGCCAGACCUGAGGAGAGAGGAGGCUGUCCAUCAGAUCGCAGAUGCUUUAUUCUACUUGGAGACCAUCUCAACAGAUAUUUUCAAAAGGGUGUCUGACAGUGUAGAGAAGAACCGCCGGCAGCUGCAGGGCGUCACUGACCGGAUCAAACUAGCUCAGGCUCGUGUAGACAAGAUCAAAGGCAGCAAGAAGGCCACCAAGGUUUUCUCCAGCGCUAAAUACCCGGCCCCAGAUCGACUUCAGGAUUACUCGUCUAUUUUUACUGAGGCUGCAGACCCCUCCUCACAAGUUCGCCCUCGACUUAGGAUACAGAAUAAACUCCGACCCUUUGAUGAGAAGGCCUUGCAGGAGAAGUUGAUGUAUUUCCCCGUAUGUGUGAGCAAUAAGAAGAAGUCAGAGGAUGAGACAGAGGAAGGGCUGGGCAGUCUGCCACGCAACAUCUCAUCCGUCAGCUCCCUGUUGCUCUUUAAUACUACAGAGAACCUAUAUAAGAAGUAUGUGUUCCUUGAUCCUCUGGCGGGAGCGGUGACAAAAACACACACUACACUAGAAACAGAGAAAGAAGACAAGCCGUUUGACGCACCGUUGUCCAUUACAAAGAGAGAGCAACUGGAGAGACAGACGGCAGAGUCUUACUUCUAUGUACCAGACCUGGGUCAGGUGCCUGAAAUAGAUGUUCCAUCAUAUCUGCCCGACUUGCCAGGCAUUGCAGACGACCUGUCCUACAGCGCAGACCUUGGGCCUGGUUUCGCCCCGUCAGGGCCCACACAAAACAUCCCUGAACUGCCCUCCUUCUCUGAGGAGAGCAUGGCACCUGGUCCUCAAAUCCAACCUAAUGUCCCGCCUCCUCCUCCACCACCCCCUCCUCCCCCUCCACCACCUGAGCCAGGCCUUGCUCCUGCCCCUCCGGCAGGAGCCCCACCUCCUCCUCCUCCUCCUCCUCCUCCACCUCCUCCUCCUGUCAACGUCUCCGCAGAUGCCUCUACAGCGCCAGGUCUUGUGUCUGGUGCUCCCAGCGAGGUGGUUCAGCCGUCAGACGGCAGGGCCAGUCUCCUUGAGUCCAUCCGAAAUGCUGGAGGCAUCGGCAAGGCAAAGUUACGCAACAUUACAGAGCGCAAGAUGGAGAAGAAGAAACAGAAGGAGCAAGAACAAGCAGUGGGAGCGGCGUCCAGUGGUGGAGACUUUAUGUCCGAUCUCUUCAAUAAACUUGCAAUGCGAAGGAAAGGCAUAUCUGGGAAGGGACCUGCAGGUGCUGAAACAGGCGACACUCCCGGUGGUACAGGUGGUGCGUUUGCCAGAAUGUCAGAUGUCAUCCCACCACUUCCCGCCCCACACUCAGCAACAGAUGAUGACGACUGGGAGGCGUAACGUGAUGGACAAUUUGAAGCAUUCAGCUGCCUUGGAUAACUUUUACAAAAGACCUUCUAAUCACUUAACAAUCAACAGAAAUGAUUACAACGGGAAAAUCAUUCGCCAAUGCAGUUGGAACUCAAGUGAAACACAAGUGAUCAACAUUUUAUUGUCAUUCAGUGUAAAACAUAUUUUCAUAACAUCCACAAAAAAAAAUGUAUAAGAAGUCUAACUGAAAUCAUCUCACUAACAUCUCUCCAUUAAAUAAAAGUAAUUUUUGCAUUACAUAA